UCGCCGCUCACUGCUCGCCGCUGAGCGCUCGCGGCCGGGAGCGGAGAGCAGCGCAGAGCCACAGGCGCGGUGCCACUCGCGUGCGCCCCGCCCGGGUCCGAAGAUGAGCAGCUGCAGGAGGAGAGGCAAGAGGCAGAUCCUCAAGUUCGCCCAGUACGUCUUCCGGAUAAUCACGGGCACUCUGAGCACAGACAGCAUUGACGAUGAGCAAGAGCAGUCCAUGGUCCGCCAUCGUCCUGAAGCCCUGGAGAAGCUGGAGGCCCAGACCAGGUUCUCAAAGAAGGAGCUACAGAUCCUCUACAGAGGCUUCAAGAACGAAUGUCCGAGUGGGGUGGUUAAUGAGGAGACUUUCAAAAGCAUCUACUCACAGUUCUUCCCACAAGGAGAUGCAUCCAGGUACGCUCACUUCCUGUUCAAUGCAUUUGACACAGACCACAAUGGCUCUGUGAGUUUUGAGGAUUUUGUCCUUGGUCUUUCCACUCUGCUACGGGGUUCCGUGCAGGAAAAGUUGAACUGGGCCUUCAAUUUGUAUGAUAUCAAUAAGGAUGGAUAUAUAACUAAAGACGAGAUGCUGGACAUCAUGAGAGCUAUUUAUAGCAUGAUGGGAAGAUGCACAUACCCAGUGCUGAAAGAUGAUGCUCCCAGGCAGCAUGUGGAGAUGUUCUUCCAGAAAAUGGACAAAAAUAAAGAUGGAGUAGUGACCAUUGAAGAGUUUCUUGACUGCUGCCAAAAAGAUGAAAACAUAAUGAGAUCGAUGCAGCUCUUCGAGAACGUCAUAUAGCUGCAGACCAGUGGAGUCCAUCGAAGGCCGCCGCCGCCUUCCCUUCACCUAGUUCUUCACAGGACUGUCUGCUUCAUACUGCUUCAAGAUAUCAGCAACACACUGGCAUAUGUAUGUAUGUACAAAUAUUGUAGAAGACCAGCUUGUUAGGCUGCUCCGAAGUUCUUAACCAACAUUGUGCCAGUAUGUUGUGUAGAAAGGUACCACAUUACUCUGAUUUCCUUUAAAUGCGAACAACUAGUAUGAGGACAGUACUGGUUCACACUUUAAUUACCGGGAGUUGGAGUCAGCUCAGUUAUGUUUGUUAAGUUAAUUUACACAGAGUUCAGUGUCAUUGUUUAAAUGUUACACUUUUCUCUAUCUUCCGUCUUUUUCUUAAUAAACUAAAUAAAUUCAGACAAUGUACAUUUGUCUGACACCUUUCACCAAAGCAA